GUCAAAAUCACAAAAAGCAAGCUUCUAUUUUCUUCGAGAUGUUAGUUGCACAUUGACUCGCCACAAUUAUUCGUUCGUCUUGUUGGAGUACAUGUACAAAACUUCUAUCCUGAAACAAAAUAUUGCAAUUGCCGCAAUUGCGUAUUUCAAUUUCAUUAUGAUCAGCAUCAUUAUAUCAAUAACAAUAUCAUUUAGUUAGAGGAAAAAAAUCUAAUAGAAGGAGAAUGAUGCC